AUGUCAUGCUCUACGCCUCGCCGAGGCGGCGGCCUAGAAAACCGUUUACUGAAAUAUUCUUUUUCCCACGGUCUUCAACUCUCUUCUAACCCGCCUUGGUUUCUGCAUACUUUAUCAGGGCCGCUCCUCACACCUCUUAAAUCGACAGUAGAUGGCAAUCAUGGACGUAGACAUCGUCCAACAGGGUUUUUGCGACGUCAUGGAGGAAAUGACUCGCAGCCUGUCCUCUGUGCGUGA